CAAACAUGUCUACGUUAGCUCCAAAUCCCCAAAUCCCAUACAGAAAUUUCCACCACAAAAAACAGCAGUUGUGGGGCAUUGUGGGAUGCUUGAGUUCGCACAACUCACAUGGUAUUGGAGAUAAGGAAAGAGGUAAAUGGAAGAAAGUAAAAAACAUGGAAUUGAGAAUUGGUGGUUCUUGGUCUGAUAUGUUCAGUCCAUCUUCCAUGGAGAUGCAACCCAUCGAGGACUGUGAGCAGCUUGACCAGAUUUUAGCUCAGGCUAAACAUCUCUCUAAGCCCAUCAUCAUUCAUUGGAUGGCUGCUUGGUGUAGAAAAUGCAUAUUCUUGAAGCCAAAACUGGAAAAAAUGGCUGCGGAAUAUGAUUCAAAAAUCAAGUUCUACUGUGUGGAUGUAAACCGGGUGCCCAAGGCUUUAGUCAACCGAGGAAACAUCUCUAAAAUGCCAACUAUUCAGGUGACCCUUAAACCUGGAAAUCCAUAGCUAUGGAAAGAUGGAGAAAUGAGAGGAGAAGUGAUUGGAGGUCACAAAGCUUGGCUUGUAAUUGAAGAAAUCAGGGAAAUGAUACAAAAGUUCGUGAUAUGAGUGACUCUUCCUCAUCAGAUAAUUAUAUAGAUAGAUGUUGUUUGCCACUCUUUUUUAUUUUCUAGUAUAGCUACAUUCAAAUGACUGUUUUAUGUUUUAGAGUAAAACCUACAAAUUAAAAUCCUCACAGAAUUAGGAUGUGAGUUAUCAAUCAAAUCUCGGUGGAUUUCCGGCCACCGAUGUGAUGUUCA